AUGGCGAAGGAACCAAGUCUCCAUAGUGCUCAGCCGGACCUCAACCCGGAGACAGCGGCAUCUGCAAAGCCGAAGAGGUCCCCCAUGCAGCCAUCAGCGGUCACUGCAGAGUCCCUGGUGCCUAUGGACCACGACAGCAAGUGCAUGUUCUGCUGGAUCGCGCAGGGGCAGGAACCAAGCACUGAACUUCUGCCCUGUGAGAAUGAAGACCUACUUUGCUUCAAAGAUAUCAAACCAGCAGCACCUCAUCAUUAUCUAGUAGUGCCAAAGAAGCCUAUCGGAAACUGAAAAGAUCUAGAGAAGGCUCAUAUAGAAUGGGUUGAGAACCUGUUAGCUGUUGGAAAAGCCAUCCUGCAAAGGAAUAAUUUCACUGACUUAAAAAAUGUGAGGAUGGGUUUCCACCAUUCUGUUCCAUUUCAUGUUCUAGCACUAGUGAAUCAGCUUGGCUUCAGAUCAAAUUAGGUUUAUAGAAUCAAUUCCUACUGGUUUAUAAGAGCUGAUUAUUUGAUUGAAAAAGUAAGAAAAUGA